AUGGCCGCUGUCGAACAGCCAGUUCCUCCAUCUCAAUCUUGGGCUGCCUGGCUUCUUGACUCCUACGCUUCAUCGAUAUCUCCUGUCAACAGCCAACACGACGACGACUCUGACUCCCAUCAUACGUAUACCACCUCUCCCGUACACACACCUAUGUCUUCAAUCUCAAAUUCUUCGGCCUACGGGCCUUAUGUGAGAACUGGUCGAGGGGGCGCUGGUAAUUUCACCUGGCAAUCCGACGACAAGUCAUCAAAGUCACCCACCAUGGUCGAUAUCGAAGCACAGAAGGAACCUGUUCAGCCAUCUUCCCUGAGCGAGCGACGAACAGCCGCUGCGAACCUCGAGAACAUAAACACACAAGAAGCAAUGCGCUUGCGUCAAAGCUCCGCGCAUUAUUUCCCGUCGGGUCGAGGAGGAGCUGGAAACUUUAUCUCGAGUAGUGAGGUCGCCCAGGCGAAACGCAGUCCCAGUCUCCCAGUCAGCCUGACAGGCGUAAAGACCAACAGUCCCAUCUAUCCUGUCCAUCCUGGUCGAGGUGGUGCCGGAAACUAUGCUGCCUCAGCCGAAGCCAGUGGCAGAAAAACAACAGACAAGGACCGCCAGGAGAAGAUCGAAGCAGAACAACGAAGAGAGCAGGUUGUUUGUGAGGUGGAUGGUCUGCUUCAGCCUCCUCCUGGUGCCUGGCUUGGUGGAAGGAGGAGGAGCGAAGCAAUGCAUGACGAAGUGUGA